CUCUUCGGGUCACCAGCGGCAAGAUGGUGAACGUCCCGAAAACCCGCCGGACUUACUGCAAGAAGUGCGGCAAGCACCAGCCCCACAAAGUCACCCAGUACAAGAAGGGCAAGGACUCUCUCCAUGCCCAAGGGAAGAGGCGCUACACGAGGAAGCAGAGCGGCUAUGGCGGCCAGACGAAGCCUAUCUUCCGUAAGAAGGCCAAGACCACAAAGAAGAUUGUGCUGAGGCUGGAGUGCGUGGAGCCCAACUGCAGGUCCAAGAGGAUGCUGGCAAUUAAGAGAUGCAAGCACUUUGAACUGGGAGGAGACAAGAAGAGAAAGGGCCAGGUGAUACAGUUCUAAGCUGCAUCCUACUCAUUUUUGGACCAUAUUAAAGUAUUUGGAAGUGA